ACCAAAGCAGCAGUGGAGCAGAGGCUAGGUAUUUGUUAGAGGCUUCACUCCACUUUUUUACUUCCUGACAAAUAUUUGCUAGAGGUUCGCGUUCGAGCGCACAUGAACGCAUGAUAUUGUAGUAGAUGCUUGAGGGAAAGCUAGUUUUGCUUCUCCGUUCUAAGCCUUAGCUACCUUCUUCUACAUCUACAUAUUUUUCCCUAAAUAUUGAAAAGGAGAGAAGAAAUGGGUAUAAUGCGUCGGGUUUCGCAGGUUUCUCUCAUUAAAAUGUCCUUGAAGUACCGUGUUCGUCAAUUUUCGGCUCCUUCUUCGUUUGUUCUCAAACCCUCCUCCACAAUUUCAACUGGAUUUGUUUCUGGGUCCAUGUCGACUCCUAAACUGGAGAUUUUCGAUCAGCCCAUCACGAAAUUUCACUCAUUGACACACACAAUCAGUUCAGGUCCUUCGACCCAUCUCAAAAAUCAUGAAAAUCUGAGGAAAUUUAGUGACGAAGCUGCCCCAAGCUUUGAUUCGAGUAAAGAGAUUGAUGAGAUUAAUCUCAAGUUCGCAGAAGCUCGAGAAGAGAUCGAGAUGGCUUUGGAAUCAAAGGAAACGGUUUACUUCGACGAAGAGGCGGAGAGUGCUAGGGAAGCUGUGAAGGUUGUCUUGGAUAUGUUCGAGGGUCUAUUGGCGAAGUUACCUGAGAACGAAAGGGCUUCGGUGCAGAGGUUCAUGGGACUAAAGAUCGAGCAGUUGAAAGCUGAGCUUGAACAGUUGAACGAUUGAGCAGCUGAUUGUAUCAUAGAUGAGAGAUCCUUCAUCUUUCCAAGAAUUGUGACAAGGAAGGGGGACCAAUAGAUCUGCAGAAAAUGUGUGAAAAAUGUUUUACGAUUUGGCCAUGAGAAACGACUGCUUUCCUGGACUGGUUUCAAUGGAGAAAUGACUUCAUCAUGGUUGAUGAUUUUGAUGGGCAUUGGGAUAUCAACUAUGUCUGAGGGCCUGAGAUUGAUCCAAGCAAACCGCAGAUCAGAUAUGUUUCCUUUGCAAUUUCAACCAGUUGUCCACCUUUGUUCGCAAUUCGCACCAAGAUUCAACAAGUCCAUAAGUGGGAAGGAGCUCAUAAGAAUCCAUCAGCAUCGUCAGCAUUGUCGAAGAGCAUCAUUGCCAGAGUUUUGAUGAAAGAUAGAGCCAACAGUGGAAAUAGUCUUUGCCAUAGUUGUCACUUGUCACUGCAUCUAGGCAAACCAAGGCGGUCAAAAACUAAGAUAACACCAACAGGGCGCCUAGGCGACCAAAGCACCCACCCAGAAAAAGCCGCCUGGACACCUAGGCGACUCCUUGAUAACUGUGGUCUUUGCAGAUCGAUUGAGUGAGGCAUGUUUACCAAAUUUGCAUACUUCUUCAAGUCCAGAGGAAAAAGAAUGCCCCAUUCUAAGAGAAGACUUUUGAGUGAGAUUUCUCGUCCCAUAAAUUUCUUGAUCAUAUCUGUAAUAAUGUCCCAAGAUAUUCAAGGGAGAUGUGGUAGCAGAUUCCCGCUUUGCGUCGUACACUAAAAACAUGAUUUCUUGUGCAGUAGGAGGUCUUAGAGUAUAGAAACCACGUGCUGGAAAACUUGCAGUAGAAAUUGUUUCCCAUGAGGGUUGAAGGGAAUUAGCUCCCAUUUUCCAAGCUUUUCAAGCUUGGUUGAUUCUUAAGAUAAUGUUUAAGGAGUUCUUGAAAUUCCACCAUUCAUUUGAUGCAGUCCCUCUUGGGAUAAU